AAUGAAAUAGAACACUUGUCACUUCAUCUAACCAAAUCACCACAUUCACAAAUUGUAUUCUGUAGAGUGAAGUGUUCGUUAUAAAAAUAAUUAUUUGUGCUAAAGUGUAACAGAAGCGAAUUACAAAUAUGUCCAAAUCACAAAAUAAAGGCUUCACGAAAGAAGAAGAAUUAUUAUUACAAGAUUUCAGUAGAAAUGUUUCAACAAAAUCUUCAGCAUUGUUUUACGGCAAUGCCCUAAUUGUAUCUGCGGUUCCAAUAUGGUUAUUUUGGAGGAUACAUAUGAUUGAUUUGUAUUCAUCAUUAAUAGUAUUUGCUAUGGUCACAGCAAUAUCCACAUAUUUAUUAGCGAUGGCUUACAGAAACACAAAAUUUACUUUAAAACAUAAAAUUGCCGUUAAAAGAGAAGAAGCCGUUACUAGAGAUUUGACCAAAAAGCUAGCAGAUGAUAAGAAAAUGAGCAAAAAAGAGAAAGACGAAAGAAUACUAUGGAAGAAGAAUGAAGUAGCAGACUUUGAAGCGACCACUUUCUCCAUCUUCUAUAACAAUGCAUUAUUUUUGGCUAUUGUGAUUCUGGCUAGUUUCUACUUACUUCAGUCAUUCACUCCAGCUGUAAAUUACACUCUUUCCAUUGGAAUCACAUCAGCAUUGUUGGCAUUAUUAUCAACUGGUUCUCAGUAGUCUAAUGUCUAACAUAGCUGUUAAGUAUUUCUUGUAAAGUGCUUUUGAACAUGCCAGUUGGCAUAGUAGAUUUAUAACAAUAUAAAUGGCCUUUUUCAUUAAAUGAAACAUUAAGUUCUCUCCAA